AUGGCAGCUACUCCUUUCUCUAAGCGAGCUGGCAUAGAGACAGCAUCAUAUACUGAGACCUUUUUACUUCUUGCUUCACUCCUCGCCAGUCGUGCCCUUGGAUCCAACUCGUCAUCCAGGGUGUAUGGAAUACCUGCUGGUUUUGCCUAUAGUUUUACAGGAGGCGGAAAUGUGACACCAGCUAUUCCAGCUAACGUGACCCAACUACGCGACUGGCUUACGGAUAACAAGCCUCGUGUCAUUGUGCUUGACAAGGAGUACAACUUCAUAGGUAGCGAAGGCUACUGCGAGAAUUGUGCUUGCUGUGUCUUCAACACUGACACCUGUGGUGAGGGUGGCCAGGAUGCGAUCGAAACUGAUUUUGGUUGGCGUGGAGAUAGGACUCCAGUCGAUUGCACCUAUCCCGAUACAACGACGAUUGACGUGGCAAUAUCCAUCACGGACAAUAAUCCGGGAUAUGUCUUGGGUGGAGAUGCGAUAUACAUGAACGGUUGUGAUUUGAUUUGGAUUGAUCAUGUAACGAUUUCACUGGUUGGACGCCAGAUGAUAUUUAUGGGAUAUGAAUCCAUUGAGACUGACCACGUACCAAUAGGUGGACGCGUCACCACCUCGAACACUGAGUUCGACGGACGAACCGAUCAUUCUGCUACGUGCGACGGACGCCAUUAUUGGACCAUCCUUGGACUUGGGGAAAACGAUAAAGUAUCCUUUUUCAACAACUGGAUCCAUCGCACGUCUGCGCGUUCUGCAGAUCUGGGCUCCGUGAGCGCCUGGCACAUUUUCAACACCUACUGGUCUAACAACACAGGACAUGCAUUCUCUGUCACCCCCGAACCUGCAAUUCUAGUGGAGGGGAAUGUAUUCACCGAUGUAGUCAGACCGACUGAACCUGGCAAUGGAUAUGGAAUGUUUCUCACGAACUCCAGUACGAUCUCUGCGUGUGACUCUACCAUGGGACGCCCUUGUCAAGAAAACGUGCUCACUGGCAGUGGAGACCUAUCGCCUUAUACAACAAACAAUGUAACAUCCCUACAGACAAUCGGUGAUGCAGAUGGACGGAACAUCAAUUUUAUGCCAAUCGGCCAGGUUCGAGCCUAUGUUGUCGCUAAUGCUGGCAUUGGGAAGGUUGGAUUCAACGGUACUACCACCCCUACAAUUUUGCCCUCAGGCCUAGUCGUGACUCCGCCUUCCACUGCGGUACCUUACCAGGUGCAGAGGAAUCAAGGCCACGGCCAUCAAUACGUGCGCUUUCACCACAGACACCCAUAA